AUGUCUCCCCCCCCCACAGAUAAUCAAAGAAAAGAACUGUUUCUGGAGAUGACCCCUGAUGGAAAAGUGACAGGGAGCCCUGCUCAGACCUCUCACAGUGUGUUGGAGAUGAGGUCAGUUCGACAAGGUGAGACAGUUAUCAAGGGUGUGUCCUCAUUCCUUUUCCUCUGUGUGGACAGCAUUGGCCAGUUGAGGGGACAGAGCCACUACACAGAGGCCGACUGCUCCUUCAGAGAGCUGCUGCUAGCUGACGGAUACUCUCGUUUCUUCUCUUCACAUCACAAACUGUAUGUGUCCCUCGCCUCAAAAGGCUCCACACCGCAACAUGGGCUCCCGUUCUCGCGGUUCCUACCCCUGAGGAACAUUUUGGUGUCUAGAAGUAUGACGAAUACAGCUGAAAAUCGACAACAGAAUCAGCAACAGCUUGACCUGGACUCGGAUAACCCUUUCGGCAGGGGUCUCACUGGUGUUGUCAGUCCACAGUUCUCCAGGGAUAAGUGAAGUUAAAAAUUGAGUUUGUUGAUGGAAGUAUACAAUGAACCAAGUAUAUUUAUUUCAAGGUUUACUGGAUUGUAUAACCAUGUUAAUUCCUAAAGUGAUUUAUUUUCACUUGUGGUAGAAACACUGUUACUUUUAUUGCCCCGUGGCAAAUGUUUUGGU